AGGGCAGUUUGCGCUUUCAAACCUUCACCUUUCAUCCUCCAACUUUCUCCGGCCGAUCAUGAAGACUUCUCUACUGGUUGUGGCGGCGAUGGCGGCUCUUGGCAGCGCCGACCUCAUCCUUCACCCUGCCAAGCGAUCAAUUGCUGCCCGCGGCCUGUCGUCCUGGGGAGGGUUCGCCCUCCAGGCAAACCCCUGCCCAUCUGGGACUUCCACCUGCCAGACCGACAGCUGUUGCCCAGAUGGCUACACUUGCAACAGCAAGAGUAAUACUCCAAUGUGUUGCCCCAGCAGUGCUGACUGCUCCGUGACCGUCAAUGCUCUGCCUGCUUGCGCCGAUAAUUCGUGGGAUUUAUACACGUUUGCACAAUUCUUCUGCUGUGCGCCAGACAUGGUGGGCACAUGGACUGGCGCCUCCGGAAUACAAUGCUUUUCGAGGGAUCUCCCCAUACCCGAGAGCAUAUCAUUGACUAUGGUUAGCCAAGUAACCGGAACUGGGGUCGGAGCUGGCGCUGUCGGUGCCACUGGCAGCAUUACCUCGGCGAAGACCACCCCAGGUGGCAGCCAGGCGACCGGUACUGGAGGGAGUGGUUCGGGAAGUGGCUCGGGAACCUCAUCCUCGGAUUCAAGGACAGGCUCUUCAUCGCAUGGCCUCUCCCAAGCCGCCACCAUCGCCAUAGCCGUUCUUGCUACCGCUGUGGGGAUGUUGCUCAUCUUCAUCAUCUGGCGGUGCUGCAAGAGGCAAAGUAAGCCACAGGGGCAUAUGCCGCAGGUACAGGAGCAUCGGCCGCAGCCGCAGACGCAGGCUCAGACGCAGCAGUAUUAUCCCGUGUCUCCCAAUCCGCCACCAUCGGAGCGCGCCGAAGGGACUCACUCUAUUCCGCCCCCUUAUAGAAGCCCACCUCCUCAGGCACGAGAGGUAUCUGGGGCAACAGCUUUUCAUACCGGGCCCGUCCAUGAGACUGAGGCGGUUCACCGCAUCGAGCUAGAAGGCAAUGUCCGAAAGUAAAGCUUGGUUUGGCGGGAAUGGUUGUAUUGAUUCCGGUUGAUACGUGUAGUUAUAUUUUUUACAUGUUUUGAGAGAACUCUUAUACUAGCUUCUAUAGACUUGA